GACACUUUGUCCUGUGACUUUAAAGAUAGUUCUGUGAAAACAGCCUGUCAGCAAAAGGAAAUAUAUUGUCAAUAGUACACAUGAUUUCUGACCCGAUUGGGUUUACAGCUCUUGUUACUCUGAUUCCUAAGCUAAUGCUUCAAUAAUGCUGGAAACAGAAGAUUUCAUGGCAUAACAAUUUACCUAAAAGCAUUUUUGACAAAUUCGAAAGUUGGAAAAAUAAAUUGCACAAUUUGGAAAAAAUAGCUAUACCCAGAAGAAUUUUUGUUGACUUCGAAAGAAUUUCCGAUUUAUCUGUACACGUGUUUUGUGAUGCGAGUAAAUCUGCUUAUGCCACAUGCAUAUUUAUGCGAAGCUGUAAUGAAAAUUCCAUUACAUGUCAGCUCAUCUCAACUCGAUCCAGAGUGGCACCUAUUAAGCCGAUUUCCAUACCACGACUAGAGCUCUUAGCUUGUACGAUUGGUGCUAGACUGGCACAUCGUUUUAAGGAAGAUUUGAGACUAGAAUGCCUAUUUAUUAUUGAAGUGAUUCUAUGGAUGCAUUAUUUUGGAUAAAGAAGAAUGAAAACUGGGCUGUUUUUGUUCACAAUAAAGAAAUCCAUACUCUAAUUAAUCCAAACGACUGGAAUUAUAUUCCUGGAACACUAAAUCCAGCGGACCUCCCUUACCGAGGAUGCAGUCCGGAAACCUUAGUCAAAUCGAAAUGGUGGGAGGGUCCCGAUUGGUUGAGAAAUGGUCCAGAAAAAUGGCCUACCUCUGAAAUUGUACCAAAUUUUGACAUUAUACGAGGCACGUCCAGAAAGUAAGUUCCGUUUCAAUUUAUCUCCGCUGCAGCUCUGCGAUCGCAGUUCCGCACGUGCGCAGUAGACGCUCUGUAUCAAGGAGAAGAAACGCGUGCCAUUCGGAGAUCGCCGUCAGUCACGUACGCUUUGUUGUGCUUGUUUACAAUGUCGGUGUUGAUUGAAAAUCCCGCCGCUUGUAAAAUCAAAUCUGUGAUUCGUUUUCUGAAUGCGAGGAAAGUGAAACCUAGUGAAAUUUAUCGGCAAAUUUGCGAUGUUUACGGACCAAAAGCGAUGAGUGAUUCAAUGGUGAGAAGAUGGGUCCGAAAGUUCAAUGACGGACGUAGUGAUGUGCACGAUGAAGAACGAAGUGGGCGUCCAUCUUUGGUUACAGAAGAACUGGUUCACGCGAUUGAUGACAAGAUCCAUGAAAACCGAAGGUUUACAAUUAGUGCUCUCGCUAUGGAAUUUCCCCAAAUUUCACGAUCACUAAUGCAUAAAAUUGUUACCGAAAAACUGAAAUUUCGUAAACUUUGCUCACGUUGGGUACCAAAGAUUCUUACUGAGCAACACAAAACAAAACGGAUGGGUAGUGCACUUCAGUUUUUGACCCGUUAUGCUGAAAGCGGUGAAGAAUUUCUGACACAGAUAGUCACAGGAGAUGAAACUUGGGUUUCUUACGACACCCCUGAAAGUAAGUGGCAAUCAAUGGAAUUAAGGCACACUUCAUCCCCAGCAAAGGUUAAGCCGAAGCAAAUCUUGACACCUCGAAAAAUGAUGUGCACAGUGUUCUGGAACUGGAAAGGCAUCUUACUCAUUGAUUUCUUACCGCGUGGUCAAACAAUCAGAGCAGAUGCUUACUGCGAGACAGUUCGGAACUUGCGCUGCGCGAUACAGAAUAAGCGCCGAGGAUUGCUGUCAAAAGGUGUUGUUUUUCUUCACGACAACACACAACCACACACUGCAAAUGUGACGAAAAACCUCCUACAAGGAUUUGGCUGGGACGUGUUUGAUCAUCCUCCGUACAGCCCUGACCUCGCUCCUAACGACUUUCAUCUGUUCUUACAUCUUAAGUCUUUCCUUGGCGGUCAACACUUGAACAAUGAUGACGAGCUGAAAGAAACUGUUUCCAACUGGUUGAAAGAACAGGCGGCAAAUUUCUAUGAAGAAGGUAUACAAAAACUUGUGCCACGCUAUGACAAAUGCCUGCAAUAUUUCGGCAGUUAUGUGGAAAAGUAGUUUAAGAAUUGUUGAAUUUUGUGCAAUAAAUAACUUUUCUGUAGCUGUACACAAUUUACUUUUAUUACCAAACGGAACUUACUUUCUGGACGUACAUUGUAAAUGCUGAAAGAAAGAAGACAAUAAUUUCUGCAGUUAAUUCGAAUGCUAUGACUAAAGUUAAUUUUGAUAAGAUUUCUUUGUACAACACCAUUCUAAAGAUAAUAUCUUGGAUCUUCUGUUUUGUUAAGAAUGUCAGACUAAGUCCUAAUGAAAGAACUUUUGGAACAAUUACAGCGGAAGAAAUUAAAGGAGCCGAAUUAACUCUUUUGAGAUUAGUGCAGAGUGAAUCAUUUUCGGGAUUAGAUUGCAAAAGAUUACGUGUACUUCAACCAAUGAUUGAUUCUAAUGGAAUCCUUAGGGUUAAAACCAGAAUUCUGAGAAGAGAUGAUACAGAAAAUUUUCGAUUUCCUAUUAUUCUUCCUUCAGAUCAUCCUAUUGUAGUAAAAUUAAUUAGAGCUAAACAUGAAAUGAACAAUCAUGCAGGAGUACAAUUUUUAAUAUCCGCUUUACGAGAACAAUAUUGGAUUUUGAAAACACGAAAGAUUGUCAAGAAAGUCAUAAGAAGCUGUGUUGUAUGUCAGAGGUUCACGCAGUACAUUUGGAAUUGAUUUUCUUGCUAUCAACUGAAAGUUUUCUGCAAGCGCUGAGACGUUUCAUUGCUCGACGUAGAAGACCCUACACCAUCUAUUCCGACAAUGGAACGAAUUUCAAAGGAAGUGAUAGAUUAUUCAAAAGCUUAAAUUGGGAUAAAAUCUUAGAACAAGCUAGUAUCCACAAGAUCACAUGGAAAUUUCUUCCGCUAUCAGCUCCCUGAUGGAGAGGAUGGUGGGAGCGAUUAAUAGGAGUCCUGAAAAGAAUCCUUCGCAAAAUUUUAGGACCAUCAUCUCUAAAUUAUGAAGAAAUGAUAACAAUUUUGUGUGACUGUGAAGCAAUAAUGAAUAAUUGUCCAUUGACGUAUGUCUCAGAAUAUGUUGAAGAUUUAUCUCCGAUCACACCUUCCAUGUUUCUCCAUGAGAUUCAACAAAUUGGAGUUCCUGAUCUGGAUAAUAUAGAUGUGAAAUCUUUAAACAAAAGGCUUAUUUAUUGACAAAAACUGUUACAAGAUCUAUGUAAAAGAUUUCGAAUCGAAUAUCUCAGACAGUUACGACAAAAUUAUGAACAUGUAAAAGCUUCACAUCCUCUGAAAAUAGGAGAUCUUGUUUUAGUGUCCCAUGAUAAUAAGAAGCGAACAGACUGGUUAUUGGCGAAAAGUAACUGAGAUUUUCAAAUCUCGGGAUGGACACGUGCAUUUAGUUAAGGUCAAGACUAAGUUUGGAGAAGUUUUCCGACCAACCAAGCGUUUGUAUCCUGAUGAACAGUCUAGAUCCAGAAAUGUGGCAAGCAGCUCUUCUGAUGAAACAGUAACUUACUGCGAUUCUGAUAUUCGUAAUGACUUGCCUCAAGAUCUUAAGAGCGAAAAGAUUCCAUCGAUGACUACAAAAAGUGGUCGAAUGGUAAAGCCUGUUCAAAGGUUACAUUUUUAAAUUUGGUUUUUUCAGCAAAUUUAAAGGUGGGAGUAUGUUGAAACUCUCACCGACAAGCACGUGAUUUGCGCAUGCGCGCAGCAAAAACUAAAUCAGAACUUUUUAGUUGAACUUUGAGAACUCGUGAUGGACGUUUGAGUGAAACAUGUAGUAAUUCUCUUCUGUGUUUAUAUAUUUUAGUUUAGUGCUGUGAUGUAAAUUAAAUAUCUUAUUAUCUUAGACACCUCUCUCUUUCUGUCUGUGAGUAGUGUAUAGAUGUACUUAGGAAAACUACUCCCGGAUAUACCUUUGGAUUGGAAAGAAAGAAGAUCGAUUAAAAGGAGCAAGAUGAUGAAGUUCCAGCUGAUAAAAUCCCCAAUCAGUUAGCCUUUGAUGAAGAAGAAUCGUAUUUGUUAAGCAGCUGCCUCAGCAACAGUGAUUGUAGUAUUCAUGCUGCCUGUGCCCAACACAUCAGCGGCCACCCCUACUGCCGAUGUAAAGCUGGAUAUCGAGGCAAUGGAAUUUUCUGCUGGGAAAUAAUAGAUUUCGUGCCACCAGAAGAGCAAAUAACAGACUGAAUACAUCAAUUCAAAAUUCCAUUUGCUUGUAUCAAUUUUUUUAUUUAUUUUUUUUUUAAAUAAAAGUUUUUUCUUUCAUGCUUUA